UAGGAGCGGCGAAGAGAAGGAGAGCUGGAGGGAGGGGGGAUGAAUAUUCAUAAGCGGGCGGCGCUGUAGACGGGCAACACUGACGUCAGUGCAAGUUAAGCUACAGAAGCCCCGCCCGUGCCAGUUACAGCCACAUUUCCAGAUAAAAUAAAACUAAGAUUGCGGACGAACGGCUGGACGGAUCCGGCCAAGGUAGGGAUCAUAGGAAUCAGCGUCUCCCGCACUAUCUACCUGUGGACCCUCUGACUACCCAAUGGCAGUAUCUUCGGUGGGAUCAGCCACCUGGCGCGAUGCCUCUUACAAGACCAUCCGGCUGGCGCAGGAUCUUAAGUUACGCCCCUUUUCUUGUCUUCCUCCCACCAUAAACGCCCAAGAGAAGAUGAGAGCAGAGGAGGAGAUCACCCAGAUGAGGAACAUUAGAGGAUAUCGGCCCACACCUCCGCCCUUCAACCGGGACCUCAUCAUCGACAUGUGCAACACCUACGCCCGCGGAUACAUGAGAGAGACCCGGAGCUCCAUGACCGUUCUGAGACAAGCCUUGUGUGAGACAGACCACUACAUCCACAGACUGCAGAAACAGAGGAGUGUCCUGGAAAGGGCUCAUGCUAAUACCAGAAGAGACCUCCUGACCAAUCACGAGACCACUCAGCUGCGUAACACAAGACCCCCGAGCGAAAGGUAUCCGGAUAAAGUUGAUCAUCUUUUACAAGAAGAGAAGAAAGGACUCCAUGACCUGAAGAGACAUUCAGAGAAUCAGCUACAGGAAAUCUCCAGAGAGCUCCAGGUCACUAUAUACAGGAUAUUUAAAGGGGUUCUCUAUUCUCACCGUCAGAAGCUCUUGGAGUUUUGUAAAGAAAAGGGACGAGUCUUGGACAUCAUCAGUGAGAACGGCCGAUCACAACAGAUUCCGCAAGACCAAGUUGGUGGCAUCAAGUUUCUGGGUCCUGAAAACACAGACUGUCAGAUGGCCAUCGGCAGCGCUCUUGUCACGUGCAAAAAUUUCAGAAACACCCAACCUCCUAACUGGCAGAAACCAGGGGAUCGUCGAGAACUGAAGGAGAGCGUUACCCAGGCGCUGUACAAGAAGGCGGAGGAGAGCGGCCACAUCUGGGAGGAUUUAACAUUGACGUCUGGAGACGUGAAGAACAUGACCCAAAGGCAGCAGAGAAUUCACGAUGAGACGGAGGCCGGUCACCAGAUACAGAUGGGCCCGGUCUCCAGCCUUGACCUCACUGUACGAGAACGUUUGGAUCGUCCAUUGGUGAGAAUCCUGCAGAGGCAUCCGGGGACCCAGCUGCCAGAGAGUACGCUCAUCUCACAGGGCACCGUCUCCUUGCAGAAGUCCCUCAAUAAGACCCGGGAAAGAAUCAACCAUCUACAUCACACUCAGCUAACACUGAAGGCCGAUCAGGAGAACAAACUGCGAGGAGAGAGCAUCGAUCGGGCGGCUGCCAGACUGCGGGUGAGGAGCGCCAAGGGCUGCAGAGAGAGGCUGUGCCUAUGAGAGGAUCAUGUGACACCUUCUGUUAUACAAAGGGCACAAUGAAACAAUAGACGGGAAUAGGGUCAAUAAAUCAUCAUCUGUUCUAAUUGAUCAAUGUCUCAUCAAUGCAUUAAAAGCUAUGG